GUGGCCCGUCACCUGAUUCCAACGUUUUGAUUUAUUUUCGAAUAUAUACAGAUACGAGUUCCGCGAGUAUUUAAUAAAGACGGCUUGCCAGGCUAAUUUUCGAAGCUAACGGGGUUCACCCAGACAAAACCGACGAAAAUCUAUUUCGUGUCAAAACUUGAACUUUGCGAUGCGUUCUCCCCACUAUUUUGGGGGUCCUUCAAUAAGCAAGCCAAUAAACGCAGGAAACCGGAUCACCACACAUUUUCCGCAUCAGGGACCGGAAUGUUUAAGAAAAUUAUACAGAAGACGCGGAAACGUGUCAGUACCGACGCGAAAGGAGACGCCACAGAGUUCGAAGCGCGUAAAUGGUCGAUCACAAUCGAAGAAAUUAGCAAGAUCUGAUGGGGUUACUAUGGCAUGCUAACAGAAAAUGAAGCGUUCAUGUCAGUCGCGUUCUUGGUCUGUCUCCUCGCAAUCUCAUACAGAUGGCCGGGAGUAACGACUCGUACCCUUUUGGCAACAUCGCAAGCGGAAAUGACAAUCGACGCACCGAACUAUUGCCUCCGUGAACCUUUCCCAUCUACCCCGCAUUUCCGUUGCUCACGAGCUAACUCGCAGGAUAUUUCAAUGCGUCGCCUGAGUGAUCGUACCGGAAGGAAGAAGAGCGUAUCAGGGAGGUAGUCCAUGCCAAAAAACGCUGCAAUCGACAUUUUCCUUAGGCAUUCUCUUUGAUUGGGUAGCUCGUUGGUACGCGCAGUUUCUAUUCCCGGAACAAGGACAGUCCAAGAAUACCCUGGAAUUUAAUAUCAUUUUAUCACGUGAUGGAGACACGGGUAUUCGAGUCUCAAGUCUUUGACGCAUUCAUCAUUCCUCAACGCGUUUUUGGGAACUUUCA